CUGAAGAACAAUCCAGUACUUUGCAUUGCCAGCAGAGGACCGACAGUGAACCAGUGCAGGACUGACCAAGGAAGAGGGACAUUGCCGAUCACCGAACCAGCGCAGAACCGGCCACUGACUAAUCGGUUGAUAUCCUCAACAACAGCAUCAUGUUUCGAAACUUUUUUGGAGAAAAACAAAACACUGAAAAUGCCCCAGGGACUACCUCGGGUGCUACCACCGGUGCCCCAGUGCCACCUGAAAAUCCUUCAAAGACACUUGAAGGAGUGACCACCUUAGCAGCACCUCGAACGGCUGAAGAUACAGCACGUCCAGCCGCAGUGGCCACCAAUCUCACUGCAAGGUUAACUGCAAAUACUCCAAAGCCCACUCAUCAAUCCUCAGUGGUCACCACCGACAAAGCCCCGAGAGCUGGUCCAUCCUCAGUGCCAACUAUGAAUGUCCAACCUACCACAGGCCCAACUUCAAUGGCCGCCAUCAAUGUCCCAACGCCUCAUGAAAAAGUUCCACAUAGAGCUCUUUCAACUUCGAUGGCCGCCGCCGUUGUUCCAAUGCCACUGGUGAAAGCUCCUCAAAAGGAGGCGAAAAUGAACAAGGAAGAGGGACCAGGAACCGCAACCAGAAAGGAGAUCCCAGUCAUUUCUAUAAAGCCUCAACCCCAAGUAGCACCGGAGUCAACCCGUCCGAGCUCCAUGGUCACCGGGAAUGAGGAGAUGACUUCUCCUCCACGGGAUGAAGAACCUAACAGGGCAGCUAAAAUGUCUAGACUGCAAACAAGGCCCGGAAACCUCAAAAGACGUCCACGACGUUACCCCCUGAGGAAGAGGAAGGCCCCGAAACGGCUUAGUUACUGAGGAACUCUCCACAGGAUGUUGUGGUCAAUAAAAAGUAAUAACAUC